ACACGCGAUAUGCUUCAAUGGCGCUUCUCCGUUGACCAUUCCAUUCUCAUUCAAUCCCUCUAUCUGCUCCCGGCUUGGCUCUGCUGUGUCUUUUUCUUCUUCUUCUUCUCUUCUGUCUCCCCAUUUUACACUUUCGGUUUCUGUCCCGUGCCAAAACCGAGUGGUUUUUGGUCGGCCACGGCUCAGAGCCGCAGAUAAAAGGGUCAAGUUCACGAGACUUUACCCUCUUGAACCCACAAUUGAUUUCAUCGAUUCUUCACUUCUUUCUUGUAUGGGUGUCUCUCGUUACAGCUUCCAAUGAGAAUUCCGUUCACUUCACGGGUUUUCUUGAUACCCAUUUGCUCAAUUUUCCUCAGCUUCUGUAUCUUUGUGGUGGCUGGCCAAUGUUUGGACAGUCAGAGGUCCUUGUUGCUCCAAUUGAAGAACAACCUUACAUUCAACACUGCCAUGUCCAAAAAACUUGCUCGGUGGAAUCAAAGUGCGGAUUGCUGUUCUUGGGAAGGUGUAAACUGCUCGGAGGAAAGUGUUAUUGGUCUCGAUCUGACCAACGAAGCCAUCUCCGGUGGACGUGACAACUUAAGCAGCCUCUUCAAUCUUCAGAAUCUCCAAAACCUGAGUUUGGCUUACAACAGAUUCAAUGGUACAAUUCCAUCGGAGCUUCAGAAGCUGACGAAUUUGAGUUAUUUAAACCUAUCAAAUGCUGGCUUUGCAGGGCAGAUACCAAUUGAGAUUUCUCGCUUGACAAGGUUGGUUUCUCUUGAUUUAUCAGCCGUUUACUUCCCCGAAACUAUUCCUCUGAAACUUGAGAAUCCAAACUUAAAGAUGUUGGUUCAGAACCUUCCUGAGCUUAUAGAACUUCAUCUUGAUGGGGUAAACAUAUCAGCAAGAGGGAAUGAGUGGUGCCAGGCCUUAUCAUCUUCACUGCAAAAUCUGAGAGUAUUGAGUUUGUCAAAUUGUUAUCUUUCGGGCCCCAUUAAUUCCAGCUUACUGAAGCUUCAGAACCUCUCGAUUAUUCGUCUGGAUAAUAACAAGUUGUCUACUCCAGUUCCAGAUUUCUUUGCAAAUUUUAGACAAUUGACGUCCUUGCGUCUCAGUUUUUCUGGGUUGACUGGCACAUUUCCAGGAAAGAUCUUCCAGGUACAAACACUAGAGAUUCUUGACUUGUCUAAUAACGUACUACUUCAUGGUCGUUUGCCUGAUUUUCCUCAGAAUGGGUCUCUUCGCACUCUGGUUCUUAGCAAUACAAAUUUUUCAGGGACAUUAUCAGAUUCUAUCAGUAAUCUUAUAAAGUUGUCCAGAAUAGAUCUUUCAAACUGCAAUUUCAGCGGAUCACUGCCACACUCAUUGGCAAAGCUUACCCAAUUGCUUUAUUUGGACAUGUCAUCCAACAGUUUCACGGGACCAAUUCCAUCAUUCAGCAUGGCCAGGAAACUGAUCCAAAUUAACCUUUCUCAUAAUGAUCUAAUUGGUCAGAUUAAUUCCACUCACUGGGAAGAGCUUCGGUAUCUGGUAAGCCUUGAGCUGCAUUACAAUUCACUGAAUGGAAGUAUUCCAGUUUCUCUGUUUUCCCUUCCAAAAUUGCAAAAAUUACAACUUUCCAACAACCAGUUUUCUGGUCAACUCAAUCUUUCCAACAUUUCUUCUUACCUCCUGGACACCCUUGAUUUGAGUAGCAACAACUUGGAUGGGCCAAUACCCACGCCUGUAUUUGAACUCCAAGGUCUUAAGCUCCUCUCACUUUCUUCAAACAACUUCAAUGGCUCCUUGCAGCUUAAUGUGAUUCAGCGGUUGAGAAAUCUUUCCAGUCUUGAUCUUUCGUACAACAGUUUAUUGGUUGAAUAUAAUGGAAAUGAUGGAAUUAAUUCAUCUUUGUCCUCCUUUCCCAAUAUUACCACAUUAAAAUUGGCUUCUAGCAAGUUGAAAAAGUUUCCUGAUUUCUUGAAAAACCAAUCCAAAUUAACCUAUCUAGACCUUUCAUACAACCAGAUUGACGGAAAUAUACCAAACUGGCUCGGAGAACUUCGUAAUCUUACGUACAUAAAUAUCUCUUUUAACCGACUGGUAACUCUGGAACGACCUUUCUCCAGUCUUUCUUUUUUGAAUGUCCUGGACCUUAGUUCAAACCAGCUCCAGGGACAACUCCCAGUUCUACCACAGUCUGCCACGUACUUGGAUUUCUCGAGGAAUAAUUUCAGCUCUGCAAUACCAGCUAGUAUUGGUGGCUCCCUUAAUUUGGCUUAUUUCUUCUCUCUUUCUAGCAACAAGUUCAGUGGGAGUAUCCCUGAAUCAAUAUGCAAUGCUGCAUAUCUUCAAGUACUAGAUCUGUCUAAUAAUCUCUUCAGUGGAAAAAUACCCCAAUGCUUGAUUGAGAUGAGUGGAACUCUUGGGGUGCUGAAUCUAAGGAGAAACAAUCUCACUGGCUCAAUUCCUAAUUCGUUUCAAGGCAAUUGUAGCUUACAAACUUUAGAUUUCAGUGGAAACCUAAUAGGUGGAAGUUUACCGAAGUCUCUUGCCAGUUGUACAAAGUUGGAGGUCUUGAACAUUGGGAACAAUCGCAUCGAGGAUACCUUCCCAUGUUACUUGAAGAACGUGUUCAUGUUGCGUGUCCUUGUUUUGCGAUCUAACAACUUUGGUGGGUCUGUUAGUUGUUCAGAAUCUAAUGCCACGUGGCCAAUGCUUCAAAUUGUAGACGUAGCUUCAAACAAUUUUACUGGUAAACUUUCAAAAAUUUCUAACUGGAUGGCAAUGAUGGAUGAUGAAAAUGAGGCCCAAUCAGAGCUCAAUCACCUCCAAUACCUCCAAUAUGAAUUCUUGAGUUUGAAUCAAUUUUACUAUCAAGAUACCAUAACAGUUACUAUCAAAGGUCUAGAUGUGGAGUUGGUGAAGAUUCUAACUCUCUUCACCACGAUUGACGUUUCCUGCAACAACAUUGAGGGGCCAAUACCAGAAGAAUUUGGGGGACUUAGAUCACUCCAUAUGCUCAACUUGUCGCACAAUACUCUUACAGGCCAAAUUCCACCAUCUUUGGGAAACUUGACUAGAUUGGAGUCAUUAGACUUGUCAAAGAACAAGCUUACAGGGGAAAUCCCAGUCGAACUUGCAGCUGGUCUGAUUUUCCUUUCUGUUCUAGACCUUUCGUUCAAUCAAUUGGUGGGGCAAAUUCCAGUAAUAAAGCAAUUUUCUACAUUUUCUGAAGCUUCCUAUGCAGGAAAUAGUGGAUUAUGUGGCUUCCCUUUGAAAGCAAAAUGCACACAUGCAGAGCCAACUUCUCCACCAGCACCAGCACCAAAAUCUCUAGACACUGCUUCAACUAUGCUGAUUGGAUUUGAUUGGCAGUUCAUAGUGACUGGACUUGGUUUUGGCGUAGGAGCGGCUGUGGUUGUUGCUCUCCUGAUGUUUUGGGAGAAAGGGAGAAGAUGGUACGAUGAAAGCAUUGAUAAAAUUCUGCUCGUGGUUCUUCCCAUGAUGGGAUUGUCUUACACAGGCUGCAACAAUAGGGCUGAGGCAGAGGAAGAUGCUGAAGAUGAGAACACAGAGGACUACGAUGAUGAUGAUGAAGAUGAAACGGAAGAUGAAGAAUUUCGAGGGCGGUACUGUGUUUUUUGUUCCAAACUGGACAUUAGUAGGAAGAGGGCCAUCCACGACCCCCAUUGUACAUGCUAUAACUCACCCCCCAUUUCUUCUUCUUCCUCUACAUCCUCAUCUUCUUCAUAGUUACAUCGACAAAGUAAAGCUUUCUUCCCUCUUAUAUUUCAUUAUAUUUUGGACUCCUUCUUGUUGUAUAUAGGUACAGGAUCAUCAACCCAAGAGAGGCGGGAUGAGAACAUAUGCUGAACUUGUAAUUGAGUAGCCUUUUGGUUUAGAAAUAAUCUCCUUUUUGCCUAACAUCUGAAUUGGGUGUGUCUGUUCUGGUAUCAUGUGGAAAGAGAGCGUG